CCCGCGCGGGGUCCGGCACCAGUUUCCAUACAAAGUGCUAUUGAAAAAUUGAAUUUCAUCUAGAAGUAAUUUUUUGAUCCCUGUUAAGGAAAUGUCGCUCAAACCUAGAAGAAUACUGUUCGAUGAAGUUUGGGGAUGUCUCAAAACUACUGUGGAAAAAGUUAUCACACUGAGAGCUGUGAAAAAAGACAAAUGGAAUGAUAGUUUCAACGAUGUUUAUUCCAUUUGUGUUGCAUAUCCUGAACCAUUAGCUGAUCGAUUAUACACAGAAACGAAACUUUUUCUCGAAAAUCAUGUUAAAUCACAACUGGAUGAUUUUGGUGUUUACAUGAUGGAAGUAAAUGAUACAGAUAAUUCUCAAAAUCAGCUUCUCCAUAAAUAUUACAGCGCAUGGAAAAACUACAGCGAAGGUCUUGGUUUCCUCAAUAGUUUAUAUUCAUACUUAAAUCAACAACACAUCAAGAAACAAAAGGUAUCAGAGGCUGAAAUUCUGUAUGGGAACGGUGGUCACUUGUCUGUUGCACAAGAGCAGAUGGAAAUUGGUGAACUUGGACUUGACAUUUGGCGUAUUUUCAUGAUUCAAAAUCUUGGAGAUAUUCUUGUGAAGCAAAUUCUUCAAGGAAUUGAACGCGAUCGUGUUGAAAGCAAUUUAUCGUCCAAAGAUAUUGAAACACUCAACGGAGUCAUUCAUAGCUUUGUGAUGGUUCAAGACUAUAAAAAGAAAGGAAAUUUGAAGCUUUACGAGAAUAUGUUUGAGGGGAAAAUGUUGGAAGCUUCAGGUGAAUAUUUCAAGUCGCAAGCAUCGAAACUUCUGCAGACAUGUUCAGUUAGUCAGUAUAUGCAAGAAGUUAUACGAAUACUAGACGAGGAAAAUAUCCGAGCCCACAAGUUCAUGCACAUAAGUUCAAUUCAAAAGCUGAAGAAGGAAUGUGAAGAUCGAAUGAUCACCGAUCACAAAUAUUUUCUCUACUCUGAAUGCAAGGAUAUGGUUAGCAAUGACAAACGUGAUGAUUUGAAGAACUUGUAUACACUUUUAAAGCCAAUCGUUGAUGGCCUCAAGGAACUGAUUCAAUUUUUGCUUGAACAGAUUAAAAACGAAGGCACUGAAUCUGUAAUGAACUUAAAAGGAGAAAAUAUUCAUAUUCAAUUUGUUGAAAAUAUGUUGCAAGUUCAUCAAAAAUAUGAGAAUUUGAUUAGUGAGACAUUUAAAAACGAUCCAUUGUUCUUGAGUGCUCUCGAUAAAGCUUGUGCUAGUGUCAUAAAUUCAAAACUUUGUGAUGGAAAGACAGCUUGUCGCAGUGCGGAAUUGGUUGCCAAGUAUCAUGAUAGUUUAUUGAAGAAAUCAAAGUCAACAGAAAGUGAAAUCGAAACAAAACUUACAAAAAGCAUAACCAUUUUUAAAUAUAUUGAAGAUAAGGACGUUUAUCAAAAAUUUUACAGUCGAAUGCUUGCAAAACGCCUUAUUCAUGAUCAAUCGGUCAAUAUGGAGUUGGAAGAAGUAAUGAUUAAUAAAUUGAAGCAAGCAUGCGGCUAUGAGUUCACCAAUAAAUUGCACAGAAUGUACACAGAUGUUGGAAUCAGUAUGGAUCUAAACAACAAAUUCAAUCAACAUUUGAAAAACCAAAACAAUGAACUCCACAUUAAUUUGUCAAUUAAGAUUUUACAAGCAGGUGCUUGGCCACUUGGACCUCAAACAGCGAUUCCCUUUGCUGUUCCUCAAGAGUUUGAGAAGCCGAUAAGAGAUUUCGAGACAUUUUAUAAUCUUAAAUUUAGUGGACGAAAAUUGUCGUGGCUUCAUCAUUUGUGUCAUGGCGAGUUGAAAGUUUCAUUAGCGAAGAAGUCUUAUCUGAUAACAAUGCAAACUUAUCAAAUGGCAAUGCUAUUGCUAUUUGAAAAUUGUGAUACUUUAUCUUGCAAGGACAUUAAAGACGUCCUUCAACUCAAUAACAAUGAAAACUUCCAAAAGCAUCUUCAAUCAUUAAUUGAUUCGAAAUUACUGACUGUUGACACCGAGAAAAUUGAAGAGUCUUCAAUUGUUUCAUUUAACUUGGAUUUCUCGAAUAAGCGCACAAAAUUCAAGAUUACAGCGUCAUUACAAAAAGAGUCACCUCAACAAGAAGUGGAACAAACACAUACGCAGGUCGAUGAAGAUCGAAAACUUUAUUUACAAGCUGCAAUCGUUAGAAUUAUGAAAUCUCGUAAAGUGCUCAAACAUAAUGCCUUAAUACAAGAGAUUCUCUCACAAUCGAAAGUCAGUUUUGCACCAAGUAUCCCAAUGAUUAAGAAGUGCAUCGAGUCAUUGAUCGACAAACAGUACAUUGAACGCACAGCAAAUUCAAGCGAUGAAUACAGUUACGUCGCAUAAAAAAAUGUUGAUGGGGAAAUCCUACAAACAACUCGAAUUCAUAGUCGUACUCUGCUAAAAUCUCUUCGUUUCUUUAAAAACGAUUGUUGAUAAAUUAUUUAAAUUCGAAGCUUUAUGAAUUUAAUAAAGUUGAAUUUCUUUUUAAAAUCGUUUCAUCAGAAGUGUCAGAAAAUAAAUUUUAUGUUGAUCGUUUUCAAUCUUAAUUGGUUUCUUAAAGUUGUGUUUUUGAAUAAAAGAAUGUUUUGCUACUUAUUAA